AUGUCUACACCGGCGGUAUACUCGUCCCUCGAAAAGGAAGACCGGACGGAUGAAAAGACCCCUGACCACCAAACUACUUCGUCUCCACUAAACACCAAACAUGGCAAUAAAGGCCUUUACAAACUCGAUAGCUGGUUAAGAGCUUACGUUAUCAUCCUGUGUAUCUACUUCGCCGGAGCAGUUUUCUGUCUCGCUUGGUCAUACACAGGUGCUGUGCUGGACACAGAUGCUUCGAAACGUCGCGUCUUUCGCACAAGCCCUUCUUUCCCCGUCGAUCAGCUUUACUCCGGUAUAGCUCUAUCCUCACUCCUCGGACCUGCAGCCGUCCUCGUACAAUUCGUUGUUUGGGAUUUUCGAAGAUUGCAUCUUUUUGCUCUUACCACACAACAGCCUGUUGCAGUCAAGGAUCUCGAUGACAUUGCGGAAAGUCUGACGCUGUUGACUUUGGGGACGGUUGUCAAGUAUUCUUGGUGGUAUGGUGUUAUGCACGCUGCCUUGAUCCUUACCAGAACACUACUUGUGCCUGUCGGAACACUUAUCCUUACUGUUGGACCGUACAUACACUACAAAGAUGGCUUGGGCGUCGUCGGACUUCCUAUCUCAGCGGCUGAUGCGCUUAGCUCCAACAUCACAUCCCUAUCAACGGCCAUGGGCGGCAAUCCCAAUUCCAAGUUCCAUCCUUCACUCUCAAAGAACGACACCUUUCUCUCUCAGACAGUCUUCACCUUUGUAGGCAGUCUCGUGUCUCAAAAUGCCCUCGCAAACGUCGACUCAGGCAUCUUAGGUCCCGUCCCAACACAUAACUUGACCUUUGCUACAAACACUACCUACGAAGGAGUAGUCUUUUUCAACUGGACCGCCAACUGUGAAGCCGCCACUGAAGUAAACUACACUUCGUACAAAGACGACGGCAACACGGUUUACAACUUCACCCUUCCUGACGACAGCGUGGAAAGCAUCGAACUCUUAUCACAAGGCUCGCAGAGAAUUCGAUUUUGGAGUAACGCGACGAAACACGGCAGCGAUAAGAUUCCAACCUCUGGCACGACGUACUUUCUAUCCGCUACAAAAUCGAUCCCGAAUAUCAACGAGACCGCCCUUCGAAACCGCGGUGACGAUAAAAGUCUUGUCCAAACCGAUGGCGGCGACUGGAUUUCCCGGACAAAGUGUACUCCCCGUCUGGAAUGGCUUGUCGGAUCUUGUACAUUCAAUGGCACAGUCAUGGCAUCUUGCUUCGCAAAAGCCGACUCCAAUAAGACAGCUCUCGACACGCAAGCCUUGGACUCCUUAAGUGUAUACAUGUCCGCCAUACCAUGGUACAUUAUCCGAAAACAAAUCAGUAUUGUCGACGACACUCUCGAUACACUCUACACGAUCCCUACUUCGAAAGAUUUCGGUCACUUCUUCGGAAACAUGGCGCACGCGAUUGUCUCCAUUACUACGGCUGGUUACUUUGGUACAUCUGAAGUUCAGACCAUGUCAAAGGUCAUUGAAUCAGUUUACAUCGUGCGAUGCAGUAUUUUGAUCGCUGUGACUGUCAUGCUUUUCCUCACUGUUACAGUAUCCAUUAUCGAUAUUAUUCGUAACCGCGUGAAGCGCCUACCGCAGCUACAUGCUAGUUUCUUGGCUAUCUCUCAUGCUGUACGUGGUCAGUGGUGGGAUCAAGAGCUUGUUGGUUAUAAACCGUGGGAGGCGACAAAGUCAAGGAGUGGAGGGGAGUCUACAGUCAUGUUUGGGUUGGAUACAGAGGAUCCGAGAUACAUUAGGCUUGCACCGACUGUGGCACCGAUUCGUUGA